AUGGCUCCUCAAGUCUUCUUUAUUGGACUUGGCAACAUGGGCCAUGGCCUCCAACAUUGCUCAAAAGGCCAAAUUGGACAAGCCGUUGCUCAUCUCAACCGCACACAGAAACGAGCCGAUGACCUUUCGGCCAAGAUCGGUGGCAGCAAGUAA